AUGGCAUCAACGAUGGAUAUCGAAAGCCUGGCUGACGACUGUAUCAUAUCACCACGCGAUGCUGUUAGAAGAGAAGCUCUGAAGUACUUCUCUAGCAACCCUGGACGAGAUAGCCUCGCAAACAAUAUCGGUCUCCACCAUCAAGCGCGCAAAGUGCUAUCCACUGAACCGAUGACUGUCGAGGAGUUGUCUAGAGUCUGUUUAGGCAUAUUUUGUCGCAAUACUCUCAACGAUAUGGCGCAAGCAUACCUCGAGGCAAUGGGAUACAAGCCCAUUUGCGACUUCUCGGAGUACCACAGUCCCCUAGCGAUCGGCAGAGAGCUACUAGAUCUUGGGGAAAAAGCAGGACUGACUCAUGUCGUCCAUAAAGCAGACCUGUUCGUGUGCAUUAGACGAGAAGGCUUUCGACCUUACAACAAGCCGCUAGACUUCUUGGAUUGCAGCAUCCUCGCUGCUGGCAUUCUUCCUGGGGAUGAUCUUGACAAAAAGCUGGCCAUGGCAAAGUCGAUCAAAAACGAGGAAACGGUGCUUUACAACAGAGUCUCGGCAGCAAGAUCGCACCUUCGAGAUAGCUGUCCAGCAGCAUACGUCUGUGACCAUCCUAAUCUGCUUCCGCUAUGUUGCGAUAUGAGCCGAGAAUUUGAAUACGAGAAACGAGAGAUCUGCGGCAAGUUAUACUACUACUCUGACGCCAACAAGAGAGCAUAUGACAUUCUCGAAGCCAUUGGAGUCCAGCCCUUCUACCUGUUUGAGGCAUUCGGUAGUUAUGAGUGGAGUUUACAUAACAGAGCGAAGGAUUUGUCGGACCGCGGCCUCUCUCUGCUCGAAGGCAUCUGUCCCAGUGAGACUGCUUUGGACAGAAAGGUGCAAAGAUACGUUGUCUGUCAUUUCUUGUUCCUAAAUGCGGGCCCGGUAAAGGGGUUGUCUUUCUUGAAGGAAGCCGUCGAGAGAAUGCAAUGA